AUGUGUUGUGUCACCACCCCAUCUUAUUCAGUUUUGAUAAAUGGGAAACCAUAUGGUACUAUCUCUCCAUCCAGGAGACUCCGUCAAGGAGAUCCUCUCUCACCUUACCUAUUUCUAUUGUGUAUAGAAGGUUUCACAUCUUUGUUGCAGAAUUCAGAGGCUGAGGGGCUUAUACAUGGAGUCUCUAUUUGUCAAAGGGCCCCAAGGAUCACCAACCUUUUGUUUGCAGAUGAUUCUUUAAUCUUUUGUCAAGCAAAGCAGCGUGAGGUGCAGGUGAUUACUAAAAUCUUGCAAGUGUAUGCGGGAGCCUCAGGACAAUGCAUAAAUUUGGAGAAAUCUUCAGUGUACUUCAGCAGGAAUACACUUGUAGAGCAGAAAAACCGAAUCAUAAACUCUUUGGGAGUGAAGGAGGUGGACCGGUUUGAGACUUAUUUGGAGUUACCCACAUUGGUAGGUCGAGCAAAAUAUCACUCAUUCGCCUAUCUUAAAGAUAGGGUGUGGAAGAAGCUCCAAGGGUGGAAGGGUAAGCUGUUAUCGAAAGUCGAGAAAGAGGUGUUGAUUAAGGCAGUUGCACAAUCGAUUCCCACAUACACCAUGGGGGUAUUUCAAUUGCCCAAAAAGCUUUGUGAUGAACUCGACGCAAUGUGUGCAAGGUUUUGGUGGGGGCAAGGAGAGGAGAGGAAGAUCCACUGGACAAGUUGGAGUAAACUAACCGAGGCCAAGAAGAAGGGAGGUUUGGGUUUUAGGGAUUUAAGAACCUUCGAUUUAUCCAUGCUGGCAAAACAGGGGUGGAGGCUAAUACAGAAACAAGAUUCCUUAAUGUACCAGUGCUUCAAACCUAAAUAUUUCCCACGGUGUCAUGUUUUGGAAGCAAAGGAAGUACCAAACUAUUCAUAUGUAUGGAAGAGUAUAAUGGCAACAAUACCAAUUUUGAAAUCUGGAUGUUAUUGGAGGAUUGGGGAUGGAUCAGAAGUGAAGGUGGUAACAGAUAAGUGGAUUCUAAAUCAUCCAACAAAUGGGGUGAUUCAUCCACCGGAGGAAGAGGUGCAGGACUGGUACAUGUCUGAUCUAAUUAAUCAAGACCUGAAAGAGUGGAAGAGUGAUUUAAUUGUUGCGAAAUUCCACAAAGAGGAUGCCGAUGCUAUUUUGAGGAUACCACUGAGCCACAGACAAGCCUUGGAUGCAAUAACAUGGCUACAUACAAAAAAGGGAGCAUACUCAGUUAGAUCGGGUUAUCAUGCUGCGAGAAUUUUGAAGAAGAGCGAAGAGGUGGCUAAGACAUCCACAGGUCCUUUUGGAGUGCAGGUUUGGUCAAAACUAUGGAAGCUCAAAGUGCCCAACAAGAUUAAGGUAUUCAGAUGGAGGGCAUGCCUAAACACCCUCCCUACUCGAGCUAACCUAGUGAGAAGAAAAAUAAUUGAAGAGGACGUGUGCUUGCUCUGCUCUAGGGAGUCCGAAACAAGGGUGCACACCUUGUGGGAUUGCGCCGUGGCAAAAGAUGUUUGGGCAGGGAGUUGCGGGAGGUUGCAAAAAAGCCAUCACGGACAACAAGAUGUGCUUCAAUUAUUUCUCAAAAUGUUCAAUCGUCUGACCAUACCGAAGUUCGAACUUUUCAUUAUGCAAGCUUGGUUAAUAUGGAACCAAAGGAAUGCAGUUGUUCAUAGGAAAAAGAUUGUGGACCUGAGGUGGCUGAACAAGAGGGCAUGCGAUUACUUGAAUGAAUUCCAACAGUCCCAGGAUCAGUUGGACAUUCCAGUUCAAACGGAUGCAAGUGUAUGCACAUGGAAACCGUCGCCGGACCCUGUUUUCAAGUUAAACUUUGACGCUACCAUAUUCUCGGACCUGAACAUGUCUGGGGUGGGAGUAAUAAUUCGGAAUUGUAAGAGGGAGGUAAUGGUAGCAAUGACUGCAAAAGGUCCACCGGUUGGAGGCAGUGAAGAGGUAGAAAUCUUAGCAUGUCGAAGAGCAUUGGAGUUUGCCAUUGACGCUGGUUUUACAGACUUGGUUGUUGAAGGGGAUAAUGCAGCUAUAAUGUCUUCAUUUUCAUCAUCUGGGGCUGAUCAGUCACAACUUGGGCACAUAAUACAGGAUAUCCAAUGGCUGGCCAAUGGGAUUAGAUGGGUUGUUUUAGUCAAGUUAAGCGAGGUGCAAAUUCCGUGGCACAUGCUUUAG